UAAGUUAAGUUGGUACUAUAGAGUUUAGAGAAAAGUGUCACAAAAAGGUCGUUCAAUGUCUCUUGUUAUGUUGUGUUCAAUAAAGACUAAUUAACGAAUUGUGUAUAGUCAAUGGUCCGGUCACACCUCGUGUAAAGACACAACAUAAAUUGGCGACGAGAUAAAAAGGAACAAAGCGAAAAUCCGUGAAAAAUCGAAGUCGUAACCUCCAAACCCGGAAGUGAGUCUUGUCAGCCAUUUUCCAUCAGUCCAGUCGGAAGUUAGUUGCAGUCGAAUGUCAUUGUAAAAACCAUAGAAAACAACAAUCAACAAAAUGUCACUUAUUGGUACGAUCGAACCCAUCGACUUAGAAAAAACGGAAAUCGAAAGCUACCUGGAGAGAAUGGAUCACCUGUUUAAGUGCAAUCAAGUCGAAGGUAAUCAUGAAGUCGAUUUAUUUGUCACCCUGGUUGGAAGUGAAGCAUACAGAGUGAUGAAAAACGCUGUCAAACCGAACAAAGUUGCUAGUCAGUCGUACGAGGAAUUAAAGGCAAUAUUAAAGCAGCGAAUGGCUCCAGUGAAGUCAGUCACGUUCGAAAGUCACCUGUUUUAUAAAAUUAGUCAAGAUCGUGCACUGAGAGAUAAGUUUAUAAGUGGUAUGUCAAAUAAGAAGAUACAAAACCGUCUACUGUCUGAGAAGGAUUUGUCGUUUUCCAAGCUGUGCGAGUUGGCUUUAGCACAAGAAUUAAUACAGUCAGAGAGCCUUGAGUUACAGCAAGAUGGUAAAGUAAAUAAGUUGUAUAGAGGAAACUCGUCCAAACAAGUGAGUCAAAGAAGGAAGGAUGUCAGUCAAAGUCAAGUACGUGGUCAAAUGUCAGUGUCGUGUAGUCCGAAGUCCAGUCGGAGCUUAGCAUCGUCCAGUCAAAAGUCGAAUAAAAACUCUACGUCUACGUCUGUUAGUCAAAGGUCAAGUCGAGGCCAGUCCUGUCUUAGAUGUGGAAGGUUCCAUAAUCCAGACACGUGCCCAGCCAAAGAGUGGGAGUGCUUUUUAUGUCAUCGUCAAGGCCAUACGUCCAGAGUCUGUAGGAAUAAACAGAAGAAAGUCCAUUUACUAGUCGAUCAAGAGGAUGUCACGGAGGAAGCAAAAGAAGAGUCGACCGAUGAAGAAUUCGUGGGAUUCUGCAAGAACAUUCAGGUGUCAAGUAAGUCUAAUCCAGCUAUUUUGAAAGUUAAUGUUGAAAAACGCAUAAUAGACAUGGAAGUUGAUACAGGCGCAAGCGUAAGUUUAAUUUCUGUUGAUACUCGUAACAAAUAUUUUAAAGAUAUACCAAUUUGUAAAAGUAGGUUAAAAAUUAAAACCGUACAAGGAGAUCAGUUACAAAUUGUAGGUGAAAUGAUGGUAAAGGUUAAAUGUAUUGAGUCCGAUGUCAAGUAUGAAUUGCCGUUAGUCGUUGUCUUGUCUAAAAUCGAGUUUAUACCACUACUGGGUAGGAAUUGGCUAAAUAUGUUAUUACCUAGGUGGCGUGAAAGUUUGCAUUGUAAUGUCAUUGAGGUAGAUAUUUCAAAAAUUGUGUCUGAAUUUAAAGACAAGUACAGAAAUGUCUUUAGUAACGAUAAAGCAAAAUGCAUCAAAAAUUUUAAAUGUAAUAUUGUGUUAAAAGAAAAUGUUACCCCUGUAUUCCACAAACCGUAUACCGUCCCUUACUCUAUUAAAGAAGAAGUGGAAAAGGAACUUGAAGAAAUGGUAGUAAAUGGAAUAUUGGAAAAGGUUGAAUACAGCGAGUGGGCGAGUCCAAUAGUCGUAGUGCCCAAAAAGUCAUCGAAGUCCUUAAGAAUCUGUGUUGAUUUUAAGGUAACUCUUAAUCCAUUAAUCAAGGUUAAUCAUUACCCAUUACCGAGGGUAGAAGAUAUUUUUAACCAAGUUGCUAAGGGGAAAUUCUUCACUGUUCUUGAUUUGAGUAAUGCUUAUCAACAGUUAGAGAUGAGCCCUGAAUCCAAACAUUUGUUAACGAUUAACACACACAAAGGUCUUUAUCAGUAUAAUAGAUUACCUUACGGCGUAGCUUGUGCACCAGCACAAUUUCAAGCAAUUAUGGAUCAGAUACUUCAGGGAAUUAAAAAUGUUGGCUGUUAUUUAGAUGAUGUCAUUAUCGUGGGUCAGUCGCUUGAAGACUGCUUCAGGAAUGUUGAAAUUGUUCUGUCUAGAUUAGAUAAGUUUAAUGUCAAGGUGAAUUUCCAAAAAUGUAAGUUUUUCGUCCAAACGGUGGAAUUUUUGGGUCACGAGUUGUCGGAAAUAGGAAUCAAACCUAUGAAGAGUAAAAUGGAGGCUAUCGAAAGAGCACCCGAACCCAAAAACCUGCAACAGUUACGCUCGUAUUUAGGUCUGCUGAACUAUUAUAACAAAUAUUUACCUAUGUUGUCUUCAGAAUUACAUCCGUUGUAUAGGUUAGAGCAAAAAGAUGUCCCAUUCGAAUGGUCCAGUAAAUGUCGACAAGCCUUUGAGAAGAGCAAGCAGUUAUUGCUAAACAGUAAAGCUUUAAUUGCAUACUCACUUGAUUUACCUUUAGUUAUGGCUGCCGAUGCGUCCCAAUACGGAGUUGGCGGUGUGCUUAGUCACAUAGUGAACGGCGAGGAAAGACCAAUUAUGUUUGUAUCUGGCACAAUGACGGAAACUCAGCGUAGAUACUCACAGCUUGAGCGAGAAGCACUGGCAAUCAUAUUUUCAAUUAAGAAGUUUCAUAAAUUUAUCUACAAUAGGCCUUUUACGCUGAUCACCGAUCACUUACCGUUGAAAACAAUCCUGGGAGCGAAAAAUAAAAUACCUACUCUGUCUGCUGCGAGAUUACAACGAUGGGCGUUGAUCCUACAAGCUUACCAGUAUGAAAUCAAAUACCGGAAAGGACAAGAUAUGGCAAACGCUGAUGCCAUGUCACGACUUCCACUUGAAGAAUCGACGGAAGAAAAAGCGUAUUCUUUUUCUGAUUAUUAUGUGCUACCGUUGACAGCACUUGAGAUAGUAGAAUGCACCAAGCAAGACCAAACACUUUCUAAAGUGAUAGAAUAUACACAAAAAGGUUGGCCCAACAAGAUUAACGAAAGUAAUCUGAAACCAUAUUACAUCCGAAGAAGUGAAUUAACAGUUGAAAAUAAUUGUUUACUCUGGGGGAAUAGAGUUGUCAUUCCAUUCCAACUGCGGGAUUCAGUCUUGAAAUUGCUACACGAUAAGCAUAUAGGGAUAGUUCGAGCAAAAAUGUUAGCACGUGGUGAAGUUUGGUGGCCUAAUCUAAAUCAAGAUCUGGAGAAUUGUAUUAACUCUUGCGAAAAUUGUCAAUCCUUACAACCCAAAGCAGUUCCAGUACCGUAUACACCAUGGUCAAAAACCAAGCGAGUUUGGGAGAGAAUACACAUUGACUUCUUGGAAAAAUUUGACAAGAAAUUCUUGAUAGUAGUAGAUAGCUACAGUCGAUGGAUCGAGAUACAGAUAAUGCAUGGAACAAAUUCGUCUAAAACUAUUCAAGCGCUAAAACACAUAUUUGCUACGUUCGGAAUUCCAGAAGAGAUAGUAUCAGACAACGGACCUCCAUUUAAUGGGGAGGAAUACAAGAAGUUUGCACUUUCAAUAGGCACAAAAGUAUCCUUGACUCCACCAGUUCAUCCUUGCUCAAAUGGCAAAGCGGAAAAGUAUGUGGAUACCAUCAAGAGAGGCUUAUUGAAGCAAUUAAAGGAUAAUGAAAAACAGAAGAUUACCAUGACUUUACAGGAACAGAUCGAUGAAUACUUGUUUUCUUUUCGCAAUACACCCAACUCAGUCACAGGAGUUUGUCCGGCGAAUUUAGUAUUAAAACGCCAACCCAGAACAAAACUCUCCUUACUAAAACCAACAUUUUUAAGAGGGAAGAGAAGAGAAGAUAAAAUCGAUGGAAAAGUGAAAAUAUACCAGGAUAGUAAAAGAGGAAUAAUGAGAAGAUUCUAUGAAGGCCAAAAAGUACUUACCUUUGAUACUCGUGUCAACAGGUGGAUUCCUGGAAAAAUUGCAAAGGUCGUCAGUCCAGUUACAUAUUUAGUAAUGGUG